AGCUCGAAAAAUACCGGUUUGAUGGAAAACUAGAAGAGAAACUUUUUGUUCACCCCCAUCCCUUGUCCGUGUGCGCAAAUUUCGAAACACCCUGUUUUUGGGGCCUCUCCCGUAAGACAUAAAUAAAUAAUCUUUGGCGGUUAUGUAUCCACUGACCUAAAUAGAGAUCAGUGCAUAUAUCAUGAUUUCACUAUUUUUUUUUAUUACUUUAGCCAAAUAAUUACCUGGUAGCGUAGUUAUAACUAUAAACUAAUAUUCAACAAAUUUAGUUACCUACUGAGAAAGUAUGGAUGUAGAUGCAGAUGGUACACCACUCAUUAAAAUUGAGCCAAAACAAGAAGAUGAAAUCAAUUCCUCUCUUCAGGGACAUAUUUCAGUAAGCAACGAAGUUUUGGUGACAAUAAAGACCGAAGUUACCAUUAGUACACCAUGUUCUAAAUUUCGUGAGCAACACUCUGACUUACAACUGCAUCUUUUAACUACGUGUAAAAUAGUGUCUAAGGAUUUUAAAUGUGGUGAUUGUGAUUUUAGCACAAAUGUUAAAGGCACUUUCGAACGACAUGUUUUAAGACAUAAAGUUACUAAAGAUUUUAAAUGUGCUACUUGUGAUUAUGGUACAAAUGUUAAAUGUGACUUCAAACGACAUCUAUUACAACAUAAAGUUUCUAAGGACUUUAAAUGCGCUGAUUGUGCUUAUGGGACAAAUGUUAAAUACCACUACAAACGACAUCUUUUACAACAUAAAAUUUCUAAGGAUUUUAAAUGUGCUAAUUGUGACUAUGAGACAAAUUAUAAAUUCGAUAUUAAACAACACCUUUUAAAUCAUAAAGUUUGUAAGGAUUUUAAAUGUGCUGAUUGUGAUUAUGGCACAAAUGUUAAAUAUGACUACAAACGUCAUCUUUUAAAACACAAAGUUUCCAAGGAUUUUAAAUGUGAUCAUUGUGAUUAUGCAACAAACGUUAAAAGCAAUUUCAAACAACAUCUUUUAAAACACAAAAUUUGUAAGGAUUUUAAAUGUGCUAAUUGUGACUAUGAGACAAAUUAUAAAUCCCAUAUUAAACAACACGUUUUAAUACAUACAGAUUUUAAGAAUUUUAAAUGUCCUAAUUGUGAUUAUGCCACAAAUGUGAAAUACUACUACAAACGACAUGUUUUAAAACACAAUGUGUCUAAGAAUUUUAAAUGCGAUAAUUGUGAUUACGCGACAAAUGUUAAACGCUACUUAAAAAGACAUCUUUUAAAACACAAAGUUUCUAAGGAUUUUAAAUGUGCUAAUUGUGAUUAUGGGACAAAUGCUAAAGGCAAUUUCACACAACAUCUUUUAAAACAUAAAGUUUCUAAAGAUUUUAAAUGUGAUAAUUGCGAUUUUGGGACAAAUAUUAAAAGCAACUUCAAACAACAUCUUUUAAAACAUAAAGUUUCUAAGGAUUUUAAAUGUGCUAAUUGUGAUUAUGGCACAAAUGUGAAGUACUACUACAAACAACAUCUUUUAAAACAUACCAAAUGCUUCAGAGAUUUGCAAGUGGCGCGAAAAUUCCGACAUUUCGACAAGGAAAGUUAG